UUCUAUCAUGAUAAAAUAGUGUGAGUAUCAUAGAGGAUUUGAUAUUAAAUUUGUCUGCAUACACAAAUCAAAGCUACAAAAGGAGAAUAACAAGUUUUCUUGUCAAAAAUGUUUAAACUGGUAAAAGUCAAACGAGUUUAUUAAAAGUAUGGAAGAACUUGACGAUGGAGCUAAAGAAAAUUUAGGCAAAUUCUUAGAAAUGUAAAGUAAAAUACUCAAUUUAAAUAUUUCAAUGAAAUAAAGAUUCAUAUAAUCAUUAACAGAACUCUAAAAUAAAGUAUUGCAAUAUUUUUAAAAAUAAGAAAAGGCAAUUACAACAUUAAUUGACUAUUAAAACCAUCAAUUAUCUCUAAAUAUUAGCUAAGCAAAUUCGCUUUUAACCAAAUAAUCUGUCCUGGAUUCUCAAUCCAUUGAUAAUUUUAUUAUAUUCAUAACAUUAGAUGAAGCAAAAUAAUAAAUUAUAGAGAAUUAAUUUACUUAAAUCAAUAAUUAUUUAGAAAGACAGUUCAAAUAUGAAUUUAAUGAGAUUUAAUGUAAAGUAAACUAAUUAACGACAAUAGACAUUAAAUUUGAUAAUGUACCUAAAUAUGAAGCGGAAUAAUUCAAAAUAUAAACAAUUGAAAAAAUAAAUGAUGAAUUUCCUUUUUGUAAAGCUCACUAAAUGGAAAAAAACUGUAUUUGUAUACACCAGGAUUGUUUAAAAGAACAAAAUCUAUAAUAUAUUUGUAUCUAAUGUGCUGAGAGUAAUCAUUAAGAACACCAUAAAGGCAGUUUCGUAAAAACCAUAAAAAAAUUAAAGUAAGAAUAAGUUGAAAAACUUAAAUUAAUUGAAGAAUAGAUUUAAUUGUUUAAAGUGGAAGUUGAAAACAGAAUUGAUAAAGUGCUAAAAGCAAAUUAAGAAAAAAAUUAAGAAAAAUUUCUUAAGUCUUAAAUAAAGAGAGAAAAUCUUAAAUUAUUAGAAGCUCUUACUGUAAUAAACCAUUUCAAGUAAAAUUCCAAAUAUAUCUAUCAUAAAAUUGACUAGAAUUUAUUAUAAUAUGAUUCAUAAAGGAUCAAAUAAGAAUAUUAGUUUUAACUGAAUGAAUUCGAAUUAAUGCAAUAAAAUACAACAAUUUAGAAAAAGAUGUUUCUUGAAUUAUACCAAACCACUGAAAAGGAAACACAAAAUUAUAAGUAAGAAACGUUUAAAUUAAAGAAUUAAGUUUAAUAAUAUGAAAUUUAAAUAAUUGAGUUAUAAGAGAAAUUAAAAGCAUAGUCAAAUGAAUAACUUUUUGCAAAUCUCAAUCAGAUCAUUCUUGAGGGAUAGAAUAAAAUAUAAGAAUAAAUCAAAGCUAUUCCAUAAAUUGUUGAUGAAAGUAUAUAACCUAGAUUAUUAUAAUAAUACAUGACAAUUAAUAAAAUCCAAUAAUAGACUUAAGCCGUUCCUGACUUUAUGGUUUCUCUAUAAGAAGACAUGAAAAAAACUAUAAUAAAAAUUAAUGAAAUCCAUUAAUAGACUGAUGCAUUAACUUAGAUCGUUGUUUCUUUUUAAGAAGAUAUGAAAAAUGAUGGAAUGAAAAUUAAUGAAAUCAAAUAAUAGGUUGUUUUCCUCUUAUAAGAAAUAUAAAAUAGUAGAUUAAUGAUUAACAAAGUUCAUUUAUCAACUUAAACUGUCUCAAAAAAAAUUAUAGAAAUCAGCUCUUUGUUACCAGACUUGGAAAAAAUGAUAAAGACAACUUCGAUGAUCUCGGAAUAAAUUUAAGUUUCUAGUACAAGUAUUAAUGCUUUAAGUACACAAUUUACAAAUCUGAAAAAGUAAAUUCAUGAAUAGUUUAUGCAGCUUUAAUAAUAAAUUCAGUUGAUUCCAAAUUAUUAUAUCUAAAACCUUAACAAUCAAUGCAACGCCUUAAACAGUCUUAUUUCAUAAGUAAAUACUGUGUUAUAAAUCUUGGGAUAAUAGUAAGACAACAAAAAUUAAUAAGGCUGUAAAUCUCUUUAAUCCUCUAUGUAUGGAUUUAGAUGA